AUGGCUGCUGCCGUGGUUGAUAAGGACGCGAAGGACUUCGACUCUACUUACAAGGAGGCCCUGAGCCACAUGAGCUUUAUCUCCAAAGACAAAGUCUAUCGCAAUGGGGGCGAGAAAACGCAAGAAGCCCCCGCCAUCGAGUUUUUAGGGCUGUUCGAUACGGUGAAAUACGCGAAAGAGCCCGUCAAAUUCGACAUUUCCUUCGAACCAAAGUGCUUUAAGCGUGUCAGACAUGCCCUCUCCCUCAACGAAGACCGGCCUCAAUUCGUACCAGAGAUUUAUCGAACAUCCCCAAAUGAGAGGCUUCCCGACAACUCGCUCGUUCAGGCCUGGUUUCUCGGCAGUCAUGCAGAUAUAGGAGGAGGCCAUGAACAUGAUGGCCUAUCUCUCUACCCGCUGCAGUGGAUGCUACUGGAGAGCCGCAAGCACGGUCUCAUUCUCGAGCACAAACCGCAGAAGCGAUUCGAGAAAUUGAUAGAUGAUCCUUUGAAACUUGUUCUCCCACAAACGAUUCCUUCUGCCGCAGAAGGAGACGAGACUGCACAAGAGGCCAACGAGAUACAGCCUUGGAGAUACCGAUAUUCGAACGGAAUUGAAGUCGAUAUGAUCUUGAUUUGCGGAAACGCUGGUGUGGGGAAAUCGACCCUUCUCAACAGACCUUUCGAAACGGACAAACAUCCUGGCCUCAUACUUCACGACUCAGAGGGUUUCCAAGCUGGAGAUACUAAGGAGGUGGUGGCCUUUGAGAAAUUCCUUAAGAAGCGGUUGAUGGCACCGGAUGUGGAGGACCAACUCCAUGCAAUAUGGAUCUGCGUCGAGUCUUACACCGAGCGGCCAAUUCACACGGCGGAAGAGACGAUACUAUCCUAUAUCGAGGAUCUUGCACCGGAUAUGCCAGUAAUAAUAGUGGGAACGAAGACCGACAAGUUCCUCAAGUUCGAGAAUAUAGCGGACGAUCCAAAGACGCAGCAGGAUACCCUGAACAACCAGGUCGAAGCCUUCCGCCGACUCUACGAGCAGAAGGUCAAGAAGGUCCAACUGAAAUUCGUUUUUGUAUCCCAAGGCAAGUAA